UUCCCAGGAUGGAGCCUGUUUGCAUCGAAGUGAUUCUUGUUCAGGAGGAUACCAGGAGAAAGUGUAUUGAUGUCUUUUCGGUAAUGCCCAACAUUGCUUUUUAACGGGGACAGGAUUACACCAAAGGGAUCAACUGUAGCACUUGUUUGAAGUCGUGAAAUGGAAUGUUUGUGCGCAUAGUUGAUCCCCUGCACGCUGUCUGGACUGAGCUUGUACAGAAGAACCUUAAAGAUGGAUAUGGAAGAAUUUCCUCCCCCGCCUGCUGAAAUUUUGGAUGAAGACGAAGAUGAAGGGGAAGCCUUUGACUUUGAUGACAGUGGCGAUGACAUCCUUGAGGUUGACCGGCCACCCCCUAAGCCCAGCAACAAGGAUCAGAGUUGCAGCGACCUUGUGUGUCAUCCGGCAGAGGGUGUUAGCCCCAGUCUGGCCCCCCACAUACAUUCCACCUUACCUGACACGCCUCCCUCAGCGGAAUCAUCCGAAUGCCGGUUCUUGACAGCUGUUGAAGCAGCAGCAGAUGUCCCGUCUGCUGCUGAGGGGACUGAGGAAAACCAGCUUGAUUUACCACUGCCUCCUCCACCCGAGGAUGUUCUCGAAACCGAUGCUCAAAGAACAGAGAGUGAACAGCAGGAAGCAUCCAGCGAUGUCCAAAGUCUCCCAAAGAGCUUGUCCAAAGUCAAUCCCUACUCUGUGAUCGACAUCACUCCACUUGAGCCGCAGCACCACGAGCAGCAGGAUUGCUCCUCUUCUCCGCCUGAACCAGUAGAGCCGAAGGAACAAGUUGGAGAAUCCCCGGAUACCCUCAGCAGCCCUGGUGGCAUCACCUCAGGCUAUUCCAUACCAGUGCCCUGCGGCUAUGCAACUCCGUCUGGCGUACCGCUCAUCACGCCUGCUUACACCACACCUGUCAUCAUUCGACACCUCUCUGUGGAUGAGGAUGUCACAGUGCUUCGGACCGGGAACAUGUCCGCUGACAGUGUUUUCACUGAAGAUUUCCCACCUAUUAGAGAGGAGGAUGCUCUGGCAAAGUGGGUAUCGGAUCCUGCAAAUACUUCAUGGAUGGAAAACCCUGAUGAGGUGAUUUACGAUGACGUUCCGAGGGACAACUCUGACUCCAACACAGAACCGGAUGAGAUGAUUUAUGACGAUGUGGAGCUCGGUGAGGAAGGAGGUAAUCUCGACAAUGGCUGGAGCUCGAGUGAGUUUGAAAGCUACGAUGAGGCGAGCGAUGGGGAAGGGCGCUCUGAGAAUGGCCUGCCCGUUGCCUUCAUGAGGGGGAAGCCCGCCCAGACGAAGACCCAUCUCUCUCAAGAUCUGAGCCGUUUGAAAGAACACUAUGAGAAAAAGAUGAAAGAUCUAAUGGCAAAUACAGUGGGAACUGUCGAGCUGCAGCAGCUCAAACAGAAACACGAGCAGAAGAUGCAAAAGUUGGUGAAAGCAGCUAAAGAAGGGACCAAAGACGGGCUUGAAAAAACCAAAGCCGCAGUUAAGAAGGGACGGUCUUUCAUCAAAACCAAGUCUUUCUAUAAUGAGAGGAAGUCUACCUGUUUGGACGAUGAGGAGUCUGAACUUUUCAUUGAGGUGGAUUGUUUUAACGUUGAGCCAAUUUUGGGUCCAGCCCCACAGGGGCUGUCACAGCAACAAUUGGUGAGGCGAUGUAUAUUGGGCUCUAUAUUGGAGAGUGAGAAGAACUAUCUUGAUGCAUUGAAGAGAAUAUUAGAGCACUAUGAAAAGCCCUUGUCCCAGAUUGAGCCGAGGUUACUGAGCGACAGGAAACUCAAGAUGACCUUCUACAGAGUGCGAGAGAUCCUGCAGUGCCACUUCCUGUUCCAGAUUGCUCUGGCAAGUCGAGUGGCAGAAUGGGACAGCCUGGCGAUGAUUGGUGAUGUCUUCGUAGCCUCGUUCUCAAAGUCGAUGGUGCUGGAUGCCUACAGUGAGUAUGUGAACAACUUCAGUACGGCAAUGUCAGUGGUGAGAAAAACUUGUGCAUCAAAACCUGGCUUUCUGGAAUUCCUAAAGCAUCGUCAAGAGACAAGCACUGACAGGAUGACUUUGUAUGGCUUGAUGAUGAAACCGAUCCAGAGGUUCCCACAGUUCAUUCUGCUUCUCCAGGACAUGCUCAGAAACACACCAGUGGGCCAUGCAGACCGCCUGCCCCUGCAGAUGGCCUUAACAGAACUUGAGACCCUGGCUGAGAAGCUCAAUGAAAAGAAGAGAGAAGCCGACCAGCGCUGCGAGAUUCGUCACAUUGCAAAGGCUGUGAAUGAGCGCUACCUCAACAAGCUUCUGAGCAACGGUAGCCGCUACCUGAUCCGUUCAGACGACAUGGUGGAGACAGUCUACAAUGAGCGUGGUGAAGUCAUCAAAACAAAGGAGCGACGCCUUUUCCUGCUCAACGAUGUCCUGAUGUGUGCCACGGCCAAUAUGCGGUGCCAGGACGGCAGUAGUAGUGGCGGUGCCCCAAUUGACCAGCGCUACCUUCUAAAGUGGAGUGUUCCUUUGAGCUUUGUAGAAGCGCUGGAGUUUGGGUCCAGUGAGGACAUUCCGGACACCACCCGCUACCCUACCUCCCAUUCUGGGGAGAAAGUGGUCAUCAAUGCAAAGCCAAACAAACUCUACAUGGGCCCAGGUCAGCUGUAUCAAGAUCUGCAGAACCUAAUCCAUGACCUGAACCUGGUCAACCAGAUCUCUGGCAUGAUCAGCAGCCUCAAAGGCAACUACCAGAAUGUGAACCCCACAGUGGCCCAGGACUGGGUUUCGGGUCUCCAGAGGCUGAUUCUGAAAAAGGAAGAAGAGAUUAGGGCAGCUGACCGCUGCAGGAUCCAGCUUCAGCUGCCUGGCAAACAAGACAAGUUGGGCAAAGCCACAUACUUUAGUGCAGUGUUCAAUACUCUCAACCCAGCCAUCAAACAGUCGUGGAUCAGUAACUUGCAAAUGGCUAAACUGGCUCUAGAGGAGGACAACCUUCAGGGCUGGUUGUUUGCAGAAGAUGAUGGAAAUCAACUCAAAAAGCAGAAACACCCCCUCUUGCUCAAACAGAUGCCCGUGGUCAUGUCUAAACUACAAGAGUUCAAGGUGGAGUGUGCAGUCCACAACCCGGAGCCCUACAUCAAUACAGAGAGCACAGCAGACACUCCCGCCGUGGGCCACGGUUGUGUCUGGGUUGCAAGUUGCACCAACCAGAUGGGCCAGAUAGCCAUUGUUGCCAUGCAGAGCUGCAGCCCAAAGGUGACGGAGUGCUUUAAUGUGGAGUCCCGUAUCCUGUGCAUGGCAUAUGUCCCAGCAGAAGAGCCUCAGGAGAAUGAUGAAAGUCAAGUCCAACAAAACAACCAGGUCUUGCUGUCAAAAGCCAGUGUCACACCCACUGUUUGCCUUGGCAUGGAGGAGGGCAGCAUUAUUGUCUACAAAAGCAGCCAGCGGUCCAAGAAAGUGCGCCUGCAGCAGUUCUUCACCCCAGACAAAUCCACUGUCACCAGCUUGGCUUACAUGAAACACUGUUUGUAUGCUGGCCUGGUCAGCGGCUCUGUGGCCAUCUACUCCAGAUCUCGGGAGGGGUUAUGGAUCAGCGAUAAGCCCAAGGUGCUGAAGCUGGGAGUCUUGCCGAUCAAAGCCAUGCUGGCUGUAGAAGAGCACCUCUGGGCUUCAUCGGGCGGGCAGGUCUUCAUCAUUAGUGCAGAGACACACCUUGUGGAGAGGCAAUUGGAGGCCCAUCAGGAGGAGGGUAUGGUGGUGUCCCAAAUGGUGGUGGCUGGCGUGGGCAUCUGGAUUGCCUUCAGCUCAGGUUCCACCUUGCGCCUCUUUCACACUGAGACCCUUGAGCACUUGCAGGACAUCAAUAUUGCAACGCCUGUCAACAAUAUCUUACCUGGGAACCAGAGAGUGUCAGUGAGCAGUUUGCUGGUUUGCCACGGUAUGCUACUGGUCGGAACCAACCUGGGCGUGACUGUCUCUCUCUCUGUCCCCAGACUACAGGGUAUCCCCAAGGUCACAGGUCGGGGUAUGGUAUCCUUGCAUGCUCACAACGGCCCAGUUAAGUUCCUAACUGUGGCAACAGCAGUGUGCAACCGACCCUCAGGCCUCACAUGCUCCGCCUCCUCAGCGUCAGCCCAGCCAGUAGAGCCAGAGGACGGAGAAGGCGCUCUGCCCCCCUCGGACUCUACUUCGACCCCACCUCAGGGCCAAGGAGUAUGGCUGGGAGAGGCAGGCUGCACCACCAUGGCUCUCCAGGACUCACAUUCUUCCUCAUCUUGCGGCUCUUUAUUUCAGUCCCAAGGUUCCUUGGAGCACGGGCCCGAGGACGGGGCCCUUUACGACAUGCUUCAUGAUCCAGCCCACCACCGAAAGGGCCGUCGCAAGAGCAAAGUGGACGUCAGCUCUCUCCUGGUGGUUUCUGGAGGUUUGGGCCACCGCAGGGUGAACAAAAAGACCAAACAGUCACGCCAUGAGGACAACACCUCAACCAUCCUGAUCUGGCAGAUCCCCUUGCUUAACAUGUGACACCCCAGUAGUACACCAGUGAAACAGAAGUGAAUUACCAGUCACACAAUUAUUUUUUGUUGUUGUCAAGAUUUGGAUGUAAACCUUUCUAGAUUGUUUUUUUUUUUUUGCGCUGAUUAAGACUCUCGCCCUGUUUUUUUUUCUGUACCACAUAUAUUCAGAGUAACAAUAUUAAUAUUAUAAUAACAAAAAUAUAAUAU